ACUCGCAACGUCACGUCGUUGCGUGCUUCGUGAAUGCACACAAGGUCGUCGCAGCAGCAGCAGGAGCAGCAUCAGCUAGCCGAAGAAAUGAUAUCCCUUGCUAGCCGGUCGGGGGCUUUUUCCCCUUAUAUGCAGGCUACGGCUUUUGCAGUCGCCGGGCCCCUGAAAGCUCUGGUACCUGGGGUCGUUGUGAAGGGAGAGAAGAUAUUGUUGAACCCGAAGAAACGGUUCCUGUGCCGCGAGUCGCUGAACGGUCAAAGCCCAAAGACGGGGCCUUCAGUGAUGGUUAGCAUUAACGGCUGUGCAGGAAUCAGAUUUGCCCACACAGACGUCAGGAUACCAGAUUUCUCUGACUACAGGCGUCCAGAGGUGCUCAACCCCAACAAGUCGUCCCAGGAGAGCAGUGAAUCCAGAAGAGCCUUCUCCUACCUGGUCACCGGGGCCACAACUGUGGUGGGUGUUUACGCCGCUAAGACAGUGGUGACUCAGUUUGUUUCUUCCAUGAGCGCCUCGGCUGAUGUCCUGGCCCUGUCUAAGAUUGAAAUCAAGCUGAGCGACAUCCCAGAAGGCAAGAACAUGACGUUCAAGUGGAGAGGCAAGCCGCUGUUUGUGCGUCACCGCACGGAGAAGGAGAUCGCCACAGAAGCUGCUGUGAACAUUGCAGAGCUGCGAGACCCUCAGCAUGACAAGGACCGGGUCAUCAACCCCAGCUGGGUCAUUGUCCUCGGGGUGUGCACACAUCUGGGCUGCGUGCCUAUUGCCAACGCCGGAGACUUUGGAGGUUACUACUGCCCGUGCCACGGCUCGCACUACGAUGCCUCAGGCCGUAUCAGAAAGGGUCCCGCCCCCCUCAACCUGGAGGUCCCCUGCUAUGAGUUUCCAGAUGACGACACAGUGGUGGUGGGAUAGAUAAUACUCGUCAGACUGAGAUUGCAUUGUACAACAGGUUUUGUUCUGGCAGCAACACGGCAGAUAUCUGUGUGAUAAAGGAAAUACUAGUAGUACUGUGUUCAUGUCUCACUGCUUGUGCCAGCUGCAGAAAAAAAAGCAGCUUCGUAUAGGUAAUUACACUGAUGAGCCAAAACGUUAAGACCAGCAUGGGCACUUUGACCAGUUUGCGUCUACUCAGUUCUUUUUGUUGUAACACAUUCCUCUCAUUACUAGCAGUUUAUUGUUUGUCCCUACUUGUACCCCUGUCUUGGACCAGUGUUGGUUGAUCAUCACCACUGCUGAGUGGGAGGACCCCGCCAGCCCUGUUUCUACCAUGCUCCAACCCAGUUGCCUGGCUGUAAUGUCCAGGUGGCUCAGGUCUUUACACCUUCGCAUUUCUCCUGCAUCCAACACAUAGGCUAGGAGAGCCAACUGUUCAGUUACUAUCAAAUAUAUCCCAGACUUCAACAUGCGGCGUUGCGAAAUAAUCAACGUCACCUGUGAGCAGUCAUAAUGCUGUGCCUCAUUGGUGUAUAACUCAUACAUGUGGAAACUUUAUCACUCAGUGUCGCAACUUUCCCAAACAUAAUACCAAAUCUACCAGUGUUGGAAGUCCUGUUGUGCAUGCAGCCACUUCACAUAAUGAAACAAGCAGGAGCUGCUGUUUCCUUUUAUCUUAGGUUUUUAAAGUCAUGAAUGCCAGUAAUUUAGAAUAUGGUGUCUGAGUUAAAUACGUGAACAUUUGAAGUCAUUGCAGCAAGAUGCAGUCCUGUUUUGUAAAACACCCACGUAUCUUACUAAGUUAUAGCCCAUCUAAUUAGCCAGGAAACAAUGUUGUAUUCAGGUUGUGUUAAUAAAGAUUUCUACUUUAUUUGA